CUCACGACAACCGCCACGCAAUAUUAUCCCAAGCUCGCGUUAGCGAGGUUAUAACGAAAAAAGUAAGCGUGACACAGGAAUUCCAGGGGGGUCGAUUGAGAAUUCCCCCGAUGACUUAAUUAGAAGUUAUAGCGAUCGAUUAAUUGAGUUGAGCAAUUAGUCGACGCAUUUUGUCACGUAAAUCUCAGGCUAGGCGUGAUAUGGCGGGGCAGAAUAGACGAGAGAGAAGCGAGUCGAGUGGAUAUUACGAAUAUAUGGAGACACUGAGGCAGUCGAUGAGAAAGGAAAUUGGUGGUGUCGAGGCACCGCCGGAUGGUCUCGGUGAAAGGAGAGAACGAAAUUCACCAGUUGUGCCUGUUACACGACAAAGGGGCACUAAACGCAAUGCAAAUGGUGAUGAUACCUCGAGCGAUGAGGAGGAAAAUCCGAGUGAGGGUGAGAGCCAAGAGAUAAACAAUCAAGAAGGUAAUGUAUCGAUAAUUGAGAUUAAACAGCUGAGGAUAUGGGCACUUCAGUAUCAAAUACCACCGGCUCACUUGGAGCCCUUGCUUGUUAUAUUGCGAGCGAGACUUCUUCCAAGUUUACCGAGAUCCGCGAAAAUAUUCUUAGAUGACGCACCACCCCCACCCGCCAAGAAGAGAAGGGAAGAGGCAACGGAGAAAAACGAGUGCUGCAGUCCUGCCAUCCUCAAAGAAAUUUUGAAGAAGUUGGUUUCGAUUGAAACAGACGUUAAGAAAAAUCGCGAGACCCUGGCAAACAUCGAGGACUGCCUCCAAGUAAAAGACGACUUCGUGUCCGCCGACUUCUCAAUUCCCACGAAACACGAGAUUGAAUUACCAAUAAAUUCCGUAAACGCCCUUCUGCACUUUGAACAAAAAUUGACAGAUGACAGAAGGUGCCUCUCCGAUACUCUCCAAGUGAUGAAGCGGUUGAAGUCGUCGAAGGUCUCCAUAAGUGCUACAUCGAUACUGAGAAAAUUUCUCGGGAGGACCGUGGCAACACAGUACACCGCUACGAAAAAAAUGACUGAUAAAUUGGUCAUGGAAACACAUGUACCAAAAUUUAUGGGAUGUGUCCUAGAGGCACUUAUGGCCACUCACGAGGGCCUCUCGGACAAGGAGGCUAAGGCGGCUGUGGGCACGGCCCUCACCCAAUCCAAAGGCUGGGACGGACAGCGAUCGGAAAAAAAUAAAAAACUGCUCCACAGUUCCAUGACUGUUAUUAAAGAGGAAGAGGAUAUUCUCGACGCCGACUCGAUUAUGUCUAAUACGUGGAUGGGCGAGAGAUUCAGGCUUGACACAUCGGCGUCAGAGUAGAAGAUACGAAUAGUGAUAAGCACGAGAUGAUUACUGAGCUUUCCUCCGACUUUAUAAUAUUUUUGUAUUAAUAAAUGCUUGAAAAAUUAGAAA